GACAUUGGUAUUCAUUGGUAACGAAGUAUAAAAUUUAUUGUUCCGCUGAUCAAGUUUUGAACUUUUCUGUACCGCUUAUUCUAGAAUCAUGGCUGACGACGAUUUGGAAGCUAUUCGUGCUCGCCGCAUGGCCGAGCUUCAACAACAGUAUGGGGGAUCUGGCGGUGGUCCCUCUCAAGAGGAGCAGCAGCAAGCUCAGAAACAGGCACAGGAUAUGAAGAACUCCAUCCUCAGUCAGGUGCUGGACCAGUCUGCCAGGACAAGAUUAAACACGAUAGCCGUGGCAAAACCUGAGAAGGCUCAGAUGGUGGAGAACCUCCUUGUACAGAUGACACGGACUGGACAAAUACAAACUAAGCUCGAUGAGCAUCAGCUGAUUGGCCUGCUGGAGAAAGUGAGUGAACAGACCCAGAAGAAGACCACAGUCAAGUUUGACCGGCGACGGUGUCAGAUGGAUGAUUCUGACGACGACAUGUAGCGGAAGAGCUGUGCAUACUUUGUGAACAUCGUGACAGCAGCCCAGAGCACGCAAGAUGGGACCUCGUCUGUGUUGAGGCAGCAAACUACCUGUGAUAUUCACAGGGCAUUCUCAUUGGACAGUUUGAUUGUAGCCCCUGGAAACUGACCAGUGCUUCUCUGUUCCCCAUUGAUUGGACAAUUAAAUAUCCAUGGUAACCAGUAUCAACCACAUGUGAAUUAUGCAAUGAUAAUGGAUGGUUUACUAUUGAACAUAUUGGAGCUCUGUGGUAGUUGUACCAUAUGAUGAUCUCCGGUAGUUUUCCUGGAAACCAAUUUGCAUUGUUUGAGCAGUAUGAAAGUCAGCUGUCCUUUACCUGAUGUUUAGAUGUAAAAUACUCAAAAUUUAAUUAUUUCCAUUUGUCCUUAAUUUUGAAAUGAAUUGGGUUUGAACAUUGUUGGAAGUGUGCCAGUUUCCAUGCCAACUGCCUCAAUCCAUGGUUACGGACCCUGUACUAUAGUUCCUGUUCAUAAUAAGUUCUUUUGUGGAUGAAUCCAUUCUGCCAACACAUGUGGAGGAGUCCAUUCUGUCAUCACAAUUUUCUUCCAUAUAUCCUGCUCUGUACCUGUAACAGCACUGCCAUGUUGCCUGUCUAGUUGUAUUUAAAAAAAACAAUCUGUAGCUUGAAAACAUGUACUCAUAGCCAUUACCUUGUCAUUACUUCACAGGUAUGUAACAAUAUGUACCUCCAACACCAACACACCACAAUCGCCAUUUUGAACUUUUAAGACAGCCUGGUUCCAGCGAGAGGGAAUCUACCAAGUGCUCAGAUUACAUUGCACAAAUGACAGCAUCUCUCUAUGUUAGCCAUACAAUCAUCAGCUCUACACAUUGCUUUUACACAUCUAUAAGGCAAUGUAGGCAAUGCAGGCUUCACACAAAGCUCUGUAUGGAGUCGGGUUUGUUUGACUUUAAUGAGUGAUAAAUAAUGUCAUUUCUUUAGCUGACUAAAUAUAGACAUGUACUUCAUUAAAACACAACAAAGCGGUAGUAUAGACCUAAGACCUAAGACCUGGAUUCGAUUCCUGACAUGGGUACAAUGUGUGAAACCCUUUUCUGGUGUCCCCAGUCGUAAUAUUGCUGGAAUAUUGCUAAAAGCUGCAUAAAAUCAAACUCACUCACUCACUCGUUUGUCAGAAGCUUGAGGGGUGGACUAUUGAGCAUGUUGAGUGAACCCCCAUCUCACUCAUCUGCCUGGUCAACCAGGAGGCAGUGGCACCAGUUAUUAUACAAAACUCAAUUUUAUACCAUUUAUGCAAGGAAUAGCUAACUCUAUGGUGAUUUUAUAAAAUUUAAUAAACUCCAGAUUCAGUAUUGCAGGUAAUGUUUUCGUUGGUUACCAUGGUUAUGCAAUAUAUGACCUGGCUAAAUAAGAACUUUACUCAUGCAAUAAAUCACUUGUUUGUGUGGUUCAGAUUUGAUAAUGAACGUGCAGCAGUGAUGUAAAAAAACAUUCACUUUUGUAUUUCUCCUGUAAGUGUGUGACAAAGGAUGUAGUUGCCAUGAUGACCAUGGUUACCUAUGUUAUCUUUGUCAGUUCACAAUAUCCAUCUUGUCUGUAGUAUGUAGUUUCCUUAGCUGGUUUCAAAUAGAAAAUCAUAAAGUGUAUGGGGUAUAUCUGGCGAAUGUGGAACAUUUUAUAUAUUUUCGUACAUGAUUUAUGCAUUUGACAAUUGUUAAUGGAUAAAAACCUAACCGUUGUAGUAGUAUCUUUGGAAAUUAAAGGAAACCUUUUCUACCUGUAAUUAGAAAUACAUCAAUACCAGUUAUUGAUGGGGGUUGCCACUAGCUAAGUAGUACAUGUGUUUGCUCAUCACAUCAAAGAUCUGGGUUCGGUUCACCGCAUGUGAAGCCAAUUGAUGGUGUCCCUGUCAUUCUAUUGCUGGAAUAUUGCUAAAAGUGGUGUGAAAAACAUACUCAAGUAAAUCUUUUAGUCUGCCAAACUAUUUUAGAGAAACCUGAUGACAGAAGCGAGUGGUACAUAUCUUGGAUUGUCAGUAGUCUACCCGGUAUCCAUGUUUUUACAUGUUAUGUAUGUGUGCCAUUUCAUUGCUUUGUAUUGUUCGAUGAAGUGAUGUUACAGCCCAAAUAAACAUUCUUUAUCAUG